AUGGUAGCGACCGGGGGGGUGCGGGAGGCGCAGGAGCGGCUGCAGCGGCUGCAGGCGGAUUUCGACAACUUCAAGCGUCGCGCGAGCGCGGAACGAGAACAGCUUGUCGUGCGAGUCAAGGCAGACGCACUACGGCCCAUUCUCGCGGUAGCCGACAACUUCGAGCGCGCCGCGAUUCAAAUUAAGCCCAAGACGGAUGGCGAACGUGCCGUGCAGGACGCCUACCAGACCGUAUACAACGAGCUCAAGGAGUUCCUGAAGAAGGAGGGCUUGCAGGAGGUUGGCGUGGAGGGUGAGGCUUUCGAUCCCAACCAGCAUGAGGCCGUUAUGCGGGAGGACCGCAACGAUGUGGACGACGGGACCGUGACCGGCGUAUUUCAGAGGGGCUACCGGCUAGGGGAGGUGCUGGUCCGGCCGGCGUUGGUCAAAGUUGCCUACAACUAA